GUUCAAGGCCGGUUCGACAAAGUAUCUGCUUCAAAGUGGAAGUAUCACCACUGCCGUUGUAUUCACUGUGGUUGUGUGUGUGUGUGUGUGUGUGUGUGGUAAAAGAAGCUAAAAUGGCGCUGAGUUCUCAAGGAACAAAGAAAAAAGUUUGCUACUAUUAUGAUGGGGAUGUUGGUAAUUACUAUUAUGGCCAGGGUCAUCCAAUGAAGCCUCACCGAAUUCGCAUGACACACAACUUGUUGCUGAACUAUGGCCUAUACAGAAAGAUGGAAAUAUAUCGACCUCACAAAGCCAAUGGUGAGGAGAUGACCAAGUACCACAGUGACGACUACAUCAAGUUUCUGCGCUCCAUCCGGCCAGACAACAUGUCAGAGUACAGCAAACAGAUGCAAAGAUUUAACGUCGGAGAGGACUGUCCGGUGUUUGAUGGCUUGUUUGAGUUCUGCCAGCUCUCAACAGGGGGCUCUGUUGCCGGGGCAGUGAAGCUGAAUAAGCAGCAGACAGACAUAGCCAUUAACUGGGCUGGAGGCCUGCACCAUGCCAAGAAGUCUGAGGCCUCAGGGUUUUGCUACGUCAACGAUAUAGUGCUAGCUAUUCUAGAGCUGUUGAAGUACCACCAGAGGGUGUUGUACAUAGACAUUGACAUCCACCAUGGUGACGGGGUUGAGGAGGCCUUCUACACCACAGACAGGGUGAUGACGGUGUCCUUCCACAAGUAUGGAGAGUACUUCCCUGGUACUGGUGACCUGCGGGACAUUGGUGCGGGGAAGGGCAAGUACUACGCUGUGAAUUACCCUCUGAGAGAUGGAAUAGAUGACGAGUCUUAUGAAGCUAUAUUCAAGCCUAUCAUGGCUAAGGUGAUGGAGAUGUACCAGCCCAGCGCUGUGGUUCUUCAGUGUGGGGCCGACUCUUUGUCAGGGGACAGGCUGGGCUGCUUUAACCUCACCAUCAAAGGCCAUGCCAAGUGUGUGGAGUACAUGAAGAGCUUCAACCUUCCCCUGCUGAUGUUGGGUGGGGGUGGGUACACCAUCCGCAAUGUAGCCCGCUGCUGGACCUAUGAGACUGCCGUGGCUCUGGACAGCGUCAUUCCCAACGAACUUCCAUACAACGACUACUUUGAGUACUUUGGGCCAGACUUCAAGCUGCACAUCAGCCCCUCUAACAUGACCAACCAGAACACCAAUGACUACCUGGAGAAGAUCAAGCAGCGUCUGUUUGAGAACCUGCGCAUGCUGCCCCAUGCACCGGGGGUGCAAAUGCAGGCCAUCCCAGAGGACGCAGUGCAGGAGGACAGUGGAGACGAGGAGGAGGAAGACCCCAACAAACGCAUCUCCAUCCGGGCUCAUGAUAAGAGGAUAGCGUGUGAAGAGGAGUUCUCUGACUCUGAAGACGAGGGCCAGGGUGGUCGCAGAAAUGCAGCCAGCUUCAAGAAAGCCAAGAGAACAAAGACCGAGGAGGAGAAGGAGGGAGAAGAGAAGAAAAGUGAGGAGAAAAAAGAAAAAGCUGAAGUAAAAGAAGAGGAGAAAGUGCCGGAGGAAGAAAAGAUGGACACCUCAAAGGGGCCAAAAGAAGAGUCCAAGACUCCUUGAAAUCCUUCCCCAGCCCUGCAUAACCCCAAUGCAACUAUUCAUGAUGAGACAAAUGUCUUUGGACCAGUCUAUGUACUGGUUGCUGCAAUGGGAAUCCUGGAAGGACUAUACAUUUUAACACAUCCUGCCCCUUCAGAUUUGAAUGGGCUAUAUGUUUUUUCUAGGACACAUUUAAAAUAUUACUGUUUAAGGACUUAAAAGUAAGAUGGUGUUUUUUUAUAAGUACUCCUAUGUUUUUGUAUGCUUUGUUAGUGUUUUUGGUAGUCUCUCGGUUUAAUAAUUCUUAUCUACUAUGAUACCUGCUUUCAUCAACGCACUUCUAUAUAAAAAGG